AUCGCAAUCUUGAAAUCUUGCUUCACCAUUCUUCUUGCCGGUUUCUAUAAGUCUUGAUAUCGCCACUGCCAUGUCCUCUUAGUCAAGACAUAGAUAGCCCACAUCCUGUAAGGGUGCUUUCAGCCCAGCCUCGUUUGCCUUACUCCGGACAUCAAGAUGUCUUCGUCGCAUGAGACGAUCAUCUCAAAUGAAAUAUCUCGCUAUAAUCCCCGCCGCAGCCAACGAUACUCCACGGUCCACGUGCUUCUGAUCAGGUGGAAAGACGACGAUAUUGGGGUUGCGGAUGAGGUCAAACAACUUGCACAACUUUUCCGUGACAAGUUCAACUUUUUUGUCUGGCCUUACCAAAUUCCCACAGAGAACUCGCAGGUGGAACUGUACCUUCAUAUUGCUCAGUUCAUUCAGCGCUGCGGAAGCGAAAACGAUAAUUUGAUUAUUCUGCACUAUAGUGGGCAUGGAGGAAGGACGGCUGACCUGAUGAACUCAGAAUGUGUAUGGUCUGCGAAGAUAUCUGGAGGUCCUACAGUAGAUUGGGCCAUCAUACAGCCAGGCAUUCUGGGAGCAGGCUGUGAUGUUGCAAUCUUGCUAGACUGUUGCUUUGCUGGACAAGCUGUUCGUUCUCGCUUUCAACACAACGUGGAAUUCCUUGCCGCCACUGAUAAAGAUCAAUUUACACCGACUGGCAACUUGGCUAACCGGCCCUCAUUUACCAAAGUCCUGAUUGAGCUAUUGGAUCUUGUAGCAGCUGAAUCAAGUAACAUUACCAUUCUUGAGUUGCACCGUCAAAUGUUGCGGAAAGAGGCUGGCCUUGUGAAGCAGCCAUUCUAUGCGAGUCUUUCACGCAGUUCUUCUGUUGCAGGUAUUCGCCUUGCCAGGUGGGAGCCUCUCGACGCGACAGUUGUGAAAGCAGUAAGUAGCACGCCAUCAGAUAGAGAAGACUCUGUAUCUCUAUACCUUCGGUUGUCUCUGUUUCAGCCCAUGGAUAUGGAGCAGAGAGAAGCACUCAUACGUUGGCUGACACGAGACUCUCCAUCUGACAUUGAACACAUCCAAAUUCUUCAACGCACAAUAUCGGAAGCGCAAGCUGUCGGACAAGUUAGUAGCGAGAUCUUGUGCCCGAAGAUUGUUGCGCCAAACGUGCCUCCACAACUUCGGAUUUCAGACGAUACUCGAGAAGAAGCAAAACGGUUGACCCGUUCUCUUACCCAUGUGCUCUCUAUUCCCGAAACUUACCAAUUCGCGGAUCUUGAUGUCCGCCAAAUCAUCAAAAGCAUCUCUGAGAGGUCCGACCAGUUGCUUGCCUUCAUGAAUGACUGCAUAGCAGGAUUGAAUGAAGAAUCACUGGACACCUUUCGGAAUCAGGACCUUUACGGAACAUUUGAAUUGGAGAGCAGGAUCGCAAUGCGUCUGACUUUGGUUCAGGAUGAAGUGAUGAAAGGCGCCAUAAAAUUGUAUCUUGACAACACAACCCUAACAGAUCAACGUUUGCGGAUCGGAAGAAAGGAAGAAGAUUCGGUCUUGGUCGAGUAUUGGGAAUAUGAGACAAUGGGAAACGAGGAUGUCAGCAAGAGCCGGGAUCAGGCCGCACGUAUAUCGGCUCUGCUGAUCGAGGACAAGGCUAAAGCUUUCCGAAUACUGCCGGGAUUGGGCUACGUGGAAGAGACUAUUCGACCACGCAUCGGAUUCGUGUACCGACUUCCAUCAGGAAUCUCCACAGACGAUUAUUGGACGUUGUCGGAACUCAUCGGUACCGUGAAAGCCCUCCCGCUCGAAGUCCGUUUUCAGCUUGCCAGUACAAUCUGUGACGCUAUUCUGCACCUGCAUUCAAUUGGUUGGUUUCACAAAGCCAUAAAAUCCGAGAAUAUUAUCAUCCUCCGCAACCUACACAACACACUUAGAGAAGCUUCGUCUCAUAAAUUCUACGAUUUUGAUAACCCCUAUGUCAUCGGCUUUGAUUGCUCUCGCCCGUCGCAGACGGAGUCGAGGCUCACUGUGGAUUUUUCCGUGAAAAACAACAUUUACAGACACCCAGAACGCUGGGGAACUCCGAAGCCAUUUGAAAGAAAGCACGAUAUAUAUGCAUUGGGGAUAUUAUUGCUAGAGAUCGGAUGCUGGAGACCCCUUCCCAGUAUGGAUGGCAGUCGAAAAGGCUUCGAAAGCGUCAAGAAACCAGAGAGACUUCGGGAUACUUUGCUGGAAAUAGUUAGGACCAAGCUAGCGCAUUCAGCUGGAUCGAAGUAUUGCGAAGCAGUGGCAUUUUGUCUAGAGGAACGCGAAUGGACGACUGAAGAGCCAUGGCAAACCCAAAGAAGGGUCCGUCAAAAGGUGUGGCAACCACUGAAGAUGUCAAUCUGAGGUACAAAUAGGUCCAAAGAAAUUUCCCGAAGGAGUGGUAGGUGGCAAAAAAAUCUCUGAAACAGUAAUAUGCUAGAUAGGUCAUGGGUUUGAUAAGAAUGCAGAAAGCACGGCAGCGUACCUGAGUUGUUGAUUAGCCAGUUCUUGUCUAUUGUACCAUUGUUGUACCAGGAUUGAUACUUACGCUACUACUGCUAAGAGAAGAUUAUAUUUGGUGACCUUUGUCAUGAAACAGAUUGCGAAGGACGUCAUCAGGACGAAUAUAGCAGAAAUAGCGGACCGACCUCCACCCUUUUCGAACCAAUAUAGAAGUAUCAUGGGGAAAAUAAUUCCCAUAGGAAUACAUAAAGCCACCAGGCACUUGAUCAAUCUCUCGUACAAG